CUGUGCCCUACCGCGCCUUGCCAGAUGCUUCUCUUGCCACUGGUUGUUAUUGUUCACACUGCUUCGUACUUCGAGUAUGAACGUCGAUCGUACGCCACCCUUCUCACUCAAAAAUUAGGCCCGAUCCUGUGGUGAACAGGCCAGCGUACCUUACGACAGCUUAAUGGCUCACAAUCCCACAUCUCAGUCCGCACUGGCUCGUGCUCAGGCUCUUGGGCAGCUCACUGAGAACGAGAUAUUCUGGCGGGACCGCCAGCCUUGGCUACAGGAGCGUGGAUAUAUGCUUCGUCCUAGAUACAGGCCGGACUGGAAGCCAUCGUGGGAAGGAACAACCAAGUUACCUCUGUUCUGCGAGGAUGGACGCAUGCUCAGCAAUCCUCAUAUCCUUGAUGCGACCCGUGUCUCGGACGGAGCUCUUGUCACACUCAAGAUGAUUGAAAUUUCUGUGCACCCGUACGAAGUCGAGAUAGCCCGGAUGUUCUGCGAGGAACCGUUGAAGUCGGAUCCGCGCAAUCACUGCGUGCAGGUCAUCGAGGUGUUACAAGAUCCGAUUGACCACAACAUUUGCCUCAUCGUCAUGCCCUUUCUGAAGACCUACAACAAGCCGAAGUUCGGUACGGUCGGCGAGGCGGUGGAGUUCUUUCGCCAAGCGUUGGAGGGCUUACAAUUUAUGCAUCAAAAUCGAGUCGCACACCGCGACAUUUCAUCGCUCAAUGUCAUGAUGGAUCCUUCACCGUUGUACCCGAAGCUGUACCACCCUACCGAUGCACACAUGACUCGAGACUACAGCGGGAGGGUAAAGCCAUACACACGUACUGAACACCCGACGAGGUAUUACUUCAUCGACUUCGGCCUUUCUAGGAAAUAUAGCCCAGAGGUAGAACACCCCCUCGAACUGCCAAUAAUGGGGGGCGACAAGACCGUGCCGGAGUUUCAAGGCGAUGGCUACGACAAAGCAAGCGACCCGUUUGCGACCGACGUAUACUAUCUUGGAAAUCGGUUUCGAGAGGAGUUCCUCAAGAAGUUCAAGGGACUCGAAUUCGCGGACGAGCUGGUGACGGCAAUGGUUGCAGACGAUCCCCAGAAGCGACCGACUGCUGACGAAGCCGCGAAGCGCUUUGCGGUCAUCCAGCGCAAGCUUCCCUGGUGGAAACGUCGUCAGCGGCUGGUCUCGCGCAAGGAGGGCCCUAUACUCCGGGGCUUCAGGGGCAUCGGACACAUCAUCCGGACAACGGCUUACGUGUUGCUUCGUUUACCUGCAGUCCCUACACCUCCCGCUUCCUGAACCGUACCUCAUCACACAGUCAUUACUCAGAUACCCAGCUCAUCUUUGCUUUGCUGUCUUGCUUUAGUCACUUU